UUUGAUAAUUUUCCGAGAGUCCCAUAUUCCUCUUAGACUUGGACUGUGCCAUUUGUCUCUCUCUCUCUCUUUGCUUUUCAAUUUCUGAGACCAUUUCUUGAGCCUCAGACAUUUGUAAUUAACUUAUACAAGCAGCCAUGGAAAUUCAAGCUCCAAAACAUUCCAACAACGUAUACAUUCACAGCUCCAUAAGUGAUGAAGAAAAACUAGCAGAAGAGAGAGCAAUAGACUCAUGGCUUCCCAUAACAUCAAAUAGGAAUGCAAAAUGGUGGUAUUCUGCUUUCCACAAUGUUACUGCCAUGGUUGGUGCUGGUGUUCUCAGUCUCCCUUAUGCCUUGGCUCAACUUGGAUGGGGGGCUGGAGUAACAGUGCUGGCGCUAUCUUGGAUUAUAACAUUCUACACAUUAUGGCAAAUGGUGGAGAUGCACGAGAUUGUUCCUGGCAAGCGUUUCGAUAGAUAUCAUGAACUUGGGCAGCAUGCUUUUGGGAAAAAACUUGGCCUAUGGAUCAUUGUGCCCCAACAACUAAUUGUUGAAGUUGGAGUUGACAUAGUUUAUAUGGUGACUGGAGGGCAUUCACUCAAGAGGUUCCAUGAAUUAGUCUGUCAACAACAUCAUUGCAAAGACAUAAAACUUACAUACUUCAUCAUGAUAUUUGCCUCUGUCCAUUUUGUUAUCUCCCAUCUUCCUGAUUUCAAUUCCAUAGCAGGCGUGUCUUUGGCUGCGGCUAUCAUGUCCAUAAGCUACUCUACCAUUGCUUGGGGGGCUUCAGUUAAAAAAGGUGUACAAGCAGAAGUGAAAUAUGGCUACAAGUCAGAUCAGACCACAGCAGACGCAGUCUUCAACUUUUUCAGUGCAUUGGGAGACGUUGCAUUUGCUUAUGCUGGUCAUAAUGUUGUGUUGGAAAUUCAAGCAACAAUUCCUUCAACACCAGAAAAGCCUUCAAAAAAACCAAUGUGGAAAGGAGUUAUUGUUGCUUAUAUUAUUGUUGCUAUGUGUUAUUUCCCUGUUGCUAUUAUUGGCUAUUGGGCGUUUGGGAAUAAAGUGAAUGGAAUUAUUCUUGUAUCCUUGGACAAACCUACUUGGCUUAUUGCUAUGGCUAACAUCUUUGUUGUUAUUCAUGUUAUUGGGAGCUAUCAGAUAUAUGCAAUGCCAGUGUUUGACAUGAUAGAGACGGUGCUUGUCAGAAAAUUUAAGUUCAAGGCAACCUGGAUAUUGCGGUUUGUUACAAGGAACAUUUAUGUGGCUUUCACCAUGUUUGUUGGCAUUACCUUCCCUUUCUUCAAUGAGCUGCUUGGAUUCUUUGGAGGAUUUGCUUUUGCCCCAACAACCUACUAUCUGCCUUGCAUCAUGUGGCUACUAAUCUGCAAACCAAAGAAAUACAGUCUCUCUUGGAUUAUUAACUGGGUUUGCAUUAUUCUUGGAGUACUAUUGAUGGUCAUAGCACCAAUUGGUGGCCUAAGAUUAAUAAUUAAGCGAGCCAAGAAAUACGAAUUUUACUCUUAGGUACAGCAAAAGGGAAAGCCAAUUGGAGGAGAUAAUAUAUUUCUUGGAGUUGCACUUUUAUUAUACUAUUUUCUUUUUCUAAAUUUGUCAUGUGUUGAUUGGCUCAAUGAUUCAUAGAGCCAGUCAAGUAUUGCUAUUUAUAGUGAGAAAAUAUUUACAUAGGAUAAGUACAUCACCAAUUAUUGUAUUAUAUAACAUUAUCUAGUACAACAUCAUAGACUAGAUUCAAUUAAAAGCUAGUUAUGAUUAAGGCCCGUUAUAUGGAAUAAUAUUACACUUGUUCCUUGUUCAUUGUAUAGGAUUUUCAAAACAAAAUGUUUAAAUGGUCCUGACUCCUGAGUUACUUCAUGCAUUAAUUUAAGGUUUUGGGUUUGAUUA